AUGUCAAUUCCGAACAGGCCAGAAUGGGCGACAGUCAACCUGCAAUGGUCCCCCGACGUAGGACCAGUCCCCGUCAGCGAGGCCAUGAGGCCUACUCGCGAGUCGCAGGGAGAGCAGGAAAUGAUUGCCCGGAUGUGGGUGAUGUGCGCCAUACAGAUGCAAGACAAACUGCGUUCUGCAACUUGCACGAAACCACACUUUGAGCGCUAUCGGUCUUGGAUAACACAAGAGUAUGAGAAGUUUACGCAGCCAGGGUAUCCCCAGGUUCCAGACUCGAGCGAGCUGGUAGACAUGAGCAGUGACGAUCGUCUGGCUGCCAUGAACGAGUUGCGAGAACGGGUCAAAGAUACGCACUUGUGGCCUGUGAUUGAAGGGCCCUGGCGAGUGUACGAAAAUGCUGUUGAUAUUGUCGAGGGGCGCGUGAAGCUGGUGAAGGUGCUCUUGAAAGACGGACUGCUGGAAAAGUUCUAUGACUGGGCGAAUGGACUCUCUGAAGUGCGUCCCCUGUUCAACCUCAUGGGCCGCAGUAACCCUGGACUGCGCAUCCUGGAGAUAGGAGCCGGCACUGGGGGAACGACAGCUCGGGCUUUAGAGGGAUUGAAGUCAGACGAUGGACAGCGGUUGUAUAGUAGCUACGUCUUCACCGACAUCUCGCCUCUGUUCUUCGACUCCGCCAGACGCCGAUUCGAGGCAUACGAUGGCAUCGAGUAUCAAGAUUUGGAUAUUUCGCGUGAUCCUACUGAACAGGGAUUCGAAACCGGGGCAUACGACCUUGUCAUUGCAUCGAACGUACUGCACGCAACGCCAUGUCUCGUCAACACAUUGAAGAACGUUCGAAAACUACUGAAACCCAACGGCUUCCUCUUCAACCAAGAGCUCUCGCCUCCCGGCAAGUAUGUUGAUUUCAUGGUGGGAAUGCUGCCAGGAUGGUGGCUAGGCGACGCAGACGGACGCACAGGAGGGCCAUGUAUAACUCCUGAGGAAUGGGACAAGCGUUUGCAGCAGGCAGGGUUCGAGGGACUGCAUGCAGUGGGACUAGACAGUGACCCCCCGUUUUACUACAACGCCAACAUGAUUGCCAGAGCAGCCUAG